CAGAAUGCGGCCGAGAUUUUUAAAUUCGAUCAGGUUAUCUAGUGCCGAGUUUCCGAAGAGAAAAUAAGAAGGAAAAAUAAAUCAACAGAAUGCCUUCAAAGACGUCAUCCGGCCCAGACGAAGCCAUAGGCUGGCUCAUAGCAAUGUCUUGCUUUUUCAUCAAUUUCAUAAUGGCCGGCCUGGCAAGAACGACUGGUGUGCUCUUUGUGGCACUUAUAGACUUGUACGGAGUGAGCAGAGAGUCUGCAACAACCCCUUUCAGCAUCAGGGUGAGCGUCCGGAGUAUGACAGGUCCUUUGGUUGGCUUGUUAGGUCAGAAGUAUGGUAUUCGGAAGGUGACCACAGCUGGUGGUUUUGUUGCAGCUUUUGGCUGCAUUUUAUGUUACUUUGCACCUAACAUUUUCUGGAUCACUAUAUUCUGGGGAAUAAUCCAUGGUUUUGGCUUUGGAUUAUCCACCGUGCUUCACAUGAUGAUGAUUGGUCAGUAUUUCGAUAAGUACAAGGCUUCUGCUCUGGGCCUAGGGUUUUCGGGAGACUGCUUUGGAGCAUUUGCGUUUCCAGUCGUAAUAGAAUUUCUUCUUGCGACAUAUGACAUCAGAGGCACUUUUCUCAUCCUUGGAGGCCUCGUUCUUCAUGUCAUUCCUUUGGCGCUCAUUCUCAAAAAGCCACCUUGGUUAAAGAAACAGAACAGAAACGUAAGCUUUUCUAAGAGUGUAAGGAGUGGAAGUAAUGUAGAAAAGGUCGAAAAAGGGGGCAAUAACAUGGGCUUCGAUAAUAAAGCCUUUGAAAAAAUUGAGGAAGACUACGAAGGGUUAGAAAAUGGCAAAUCAGUGAAUGUAAAUGUGUCAGGCAUUGAAAGUUCUAAACAAAAAGUAGAAGAUUAUAAUUCAUGCAAUAAAUCUGCUGUUGAAAACGAAGAGUGCGACGAACUUUGUCUUAUUAAGCAAAAGAGUUUACGUCAGUAUGAUAACAACAUUUUAAAUAGAUGUGAAAAAAAUAUAUGUCUCAGUAACAGCGCUUUGAACCCCGUUAAUCAAUUUUUAUGUCAGCAUGAGUUGGAGCAUCAACGAGACAACAUGGAACGACACGGAACUUUGCCACCAGUUUCUGAAAAAUCAGUUGCAAUAGACCUACAAGACGAUCCGAAAAUGUCCCAGAGUGAAGUCCAAUGUGAAGGAAAUGAAGGAGCUAUGUCAGAAAGAACUCAGAGUCCAGCCUUCGAAAGCGAAGGCAGUUUGAGGAAAAGAAGAACUUCUAGCUUCAUGGAGAAUGUUGCUCAUGAGUUGGUGAAUCGGUUGCGAUCUGCCAGCUUCGCGAGUGAAGUUGCCCAAGAAGGUUACGUCGCAAGCCUGUCUUUUGAUUCACAAUCCCAAAAUGAAGAACUGACUGAGAAAGAAACUACAACAGAUGAUUUUGAUGAUUCCAUUGAUAGAAACAAUUGUUUUGGAAUCUCUUCAGAUAAAGCAGUAGUUCAUGCUGACCAUGCAAAAGUCGAAAAAACAUCUGUACCCAUGAACACAUUCAAUAAAUCACUAAAAGGCCCUAGUACUUCAAAACUAUUAUUACGUACUAACCUCAAUCCAUUAUUCAUAUUAAUCUGUCUCACAAUGGCUUUUUUUGCAUUUUUAAUUGUUGGUGUCUUGACUAUUAUCAUCGAUUAUGCAGUUGAUAAGGGAAUUUCUUAUGAUAGCGGUAAAUUCCUAAUCAUCGGAUUUUCCGUGACAGAUCUCCUUGGUAGACUGUCUUUUGGUCAAGUUAUUGAUAGGAAGUUGUUGAAACUGAAGACUUAUGCUGGAAUGACAAUGCUCCUUGGAGGAAUUUUAGUUGCUGUCAUUCCUUUGAACAGUAGCUUCUACUACCUCAUGAUAUGCAUGUGCACUUAUGGGUUUGUACAAGGAGGAACUGCCAUCAUGUUUCCAAUUCUCGUGACGACGUACACGGAAAAAAAUCAAGAAUCCAUUGCAAUGGGCUGCUUGAACUUUUACGGUGGGCUGCUGAUGCUGGCUUUAGCGCCCAUGAUUGGCUUUUUCCGUGAUAACAUCGGGUCUUACGAUGGUGUUUUUUACAUACUUGGUGGAACUGUAGCAGCUGUAGGUUUGCUGUGGCAGUUGGAACCCUGUCUCCUUCGAUAUCAAAACAGGAAAUCAGAAGAUUCCAAAACACCAUUGUCAACCAAACUCUAAACGUCAAUCUCCUUUUAUAUCUGAGUCACCAUUUGU